AUGGCUUCCAAUAUUUCUCUCCUUUUGUUGUUCUCCUUUCUUACUACAUUCCUUCAUUUUAUUAUUUUCACAUUUGCUCAAUCUGAUAAUUACAUUAUUCACAUGGAUUUAUCAGCUAUGCCUAAAGCAUUCUCAAAUCAACAUAGUUGGUAUCAUUCCAUUCUUUCUCAAGUUACUACUACCAACAAUUAUCUCAAUUCUUCUUCUUCUAAAAUCCUUUAUACAUACACUAAUGUUAUGAAUGGUUUUAGUGUUAAUCUUUCACCUCAAGAUCAUGAAUCUCUCCAAAACUCACCUGGUUACAUUUCUUCAAUGCCUGAUAUACCCUUGAAACUUCACACAACACACUCACCUCAAUUCCUUGGCCUUAAUCCUUACAAAGGAGCAUGGCCAGCUUCUGAGUAUGGCAAAGAUGUAAUUGUUGGUUUAAUUGACACUGGUGUUUGGCCAGAAAGUGAAAGUUUCAAAGAUGAUGGAAUGACUGAAAUACCCUCAAAAUGGAAAGGGAAAUUAUCUCAAUUUGAUAAUUCCAACCAUUCAUCUUUGUGCAACAAGAAACUCAUUGGAGCUAGAUUCUUCAACAAAGGGUUCUUAGCAAAAUAUUCCAACCUUAGUACAACCACUGUGAACGACUCACGUGACACUGAAGGUCAUGGAACCCAUACUUCAUCAACUGUAGCUGGAACCAAAGUUGAUGGCGCAUCUUUCUUUGGUUAUGCAAAUGGAACAGCAAGAGGAAUAGCUUCAAUGUCUAGAGUAGCCAUGUACAAAACUACAGAGGGACAUGGAUUUGCGGCACCAUCUGAUAUGAUGGCAGCAAUUGAUGCUGCUAUAUCAGACGGUGUCGAUGUUCUUUCAAUAUCAAUGGGCAUCGGAGAAGCACCCUUUUACGAAGAUACUCUUGCAAUAGCCACGUUUGCAGCCAUUGAAAAAGGUAUUUUUGUUUCUCUAUCAGCGGGUAAUGAAGGACCUUUGUUUCAAUCUAUUCAGAAUGAUGCACCUUGGGUGACAACCGUUGCUGCUGGUACUUUAGAUUGUGAAUUUCGCGGAAUUCUCACACUUGGUAACGGAGUCUCACUCACUGGUUUGUCUUUGUAUCCGGGAAAUUUUACUGCUACCAAUUCUCCAAUUGUUUUUAUGGGUUCGUGUGACAAUAUUACAAAAUUAAACAAAGUGAAGAGCAAUAUUGUAGUUUGUGAAGAGAAGAAUGAAACUCUCCUUUCUACUCAAAUUUAUAAUAUGGUUACAGCAAAAGUUGUUGCAGGUGUUUUCAUAUCAAAUAUCCCAGACAUAAAUGAUUUUGACAAUAUAAUUCCAUCUAUCAUUAUUAAUCGAAUAAAUGGAAAAAUCGUACACUCUUAUAUAAAGAGCCCUAACUCGAAAAGUUCUACAGCAAGCAUCUCUUUCAAGACAACAGGUCUUGGUGUUAAACCAUCGCCUAUGGUUGAUUCUUAUAGUUCAAGAGGACGUCGAAGAGUUUCCCAUAUGUGUUGA